AUGUCCUUCGCGGCCAACUACUUUGUGGCCCUGGGCCUUGAUGAGGGGCCGCCUCAGCGCCUGAACAAGACGUGCCUGAGGCUGAAGGGGAAGGAGGGCGUGCUGUGGUUCGCGCACGACCGCGACCACCACGCCUGGCACAACGCCCUCAGGACGUACAUACAGGCACUGGGCGCCACCGAGGAGAAGAGGUUCUACUACUCGCAGGGUGCCCGCUUCGCGCUGUCCCGGGAGAGGAUCCGGCAGCGCCCCCGGGAGUUCUACGAGCAGCUGCUCCGCACCGUGGACUCCGACGUGGACCCCACGGCGGGCGUGUUCGUCGAGCUGCUCUGGUACUACAUCCCCGGCCGGGCGGGCGGUGCCGAACAGCCGUGCGAGGAGAGCCCGUUCGCGGGCUGCCCCGAGGGCUUCGAGCAGCUCGGCAGCCUGGCAGACCACGCGCCGUACGGGAGGGUGGAGACCCUGAGGACGAGCUCCAUCUCGGAGUGCGCGGCGGCGUGCCGGAGCGCCAUCGUGGGGUGCGGGUCGUUCGAGUACCACGCCAAGAAGCCCAAGCUCUGCGUGCUCCAGGCCAGGAACAACUCGGUCGAGGAGGCGCAGCUCGGGUUCUGGCCCGGGGCGGUCGCGUGCAGGCGGGCGGGCCGGCAGUUUGGCUGGCAGGCGUGA